AUCAAGCAAGGAUGGUUGCUGAAGAAAGGCAGUGGCUCAGGAACACUGGGAAGACGUAAUUGGAAGAAGAGAUAUUUUGUGCUUCGUGGGAAGACUAUAACUUAUUACGGAGAGGAUGAUCUUGAAAGUGCCAAACCACUUGGAGUCAUUGAACUCAGUGAAGUCAGUGGUAUACUAGAAGAGGGCGGGUCAAGGGAGCACUCGUUUGGUUUGGUCACUCCCUCAAGAACCUACCACCUGACGGCUGACACUGAUGUGGAUAGACGUGAGUGGGUGGAGUUUAUAAGACGAGUGAGAGGUAUGCCGGAAGAGAAGGUGAAGUCCCUCCUCACUCACGAGGUUGAUCCUCGUAAUGCCGAGGGAACUAUUGAUCUUGAUUCCAUUGAUUCCGUCACAGCUGCCGAUCAAGAAAAAAGGCCUAAUUCUUUUGCUGUGAUAACUGUUGGGCGUGUCUUUAAUCUUGUAGCUGAGAGCCCAGCUGCUAUGCAUCAGUGGAUUGGAGCUCUUUCUCCAAAGAAGUACACACUAGGUGACAUUGACAUUCUUACCAGCUGCCAACACAAAGGUUGGUUGGUGAAAGAGGGUAAGAUUAGACGCCGAAGGUUCUUUGUCCUAACGGAGACCAAUCAGAUCCAGUACUUCAGGACGGAGGACACCAGGCAGCCGGUGGCUGGGAGCAUUCCAUUAAACUGCUUGUGUGCUGUUGAUCUUUAUGAUGAUGAUGAAGUCAAGGAAACAGGAUUGUACACGUUUCGGCUUCACAGUAGAAAGACGACUUAUUAUUUGACAGCUAAAACUGCUGACGAGGCACAAGAAUGGAUUGUUUCGAUACAAUAUGUAAGUCAAUUUAAACCACAUCAGAUGUACUGUACAUGUAGUUUUCUAGUUUUCUGUCAACUAGUGAAGCAGACAUUCAUCAUAAAUGAAGCUGAGGUUGAUAAACCCGGAGUCCUCUCUUGUUGGCAGACGCUGGCCUGCAUGUGCUGCACUUUUGUACCCGAGAGGGCAAUCAAGCGCUACCUCACCAUGCACCUGAAGAAAACAAUUGAAAGGUUUCCAGACACUGAAAUGGGUCGAUUUGCUACUUUCUGUGACAUGAAUCUGAGCAGGACAAGAAAGAGAGAUGUGGUACCUUCGAGAGAUGAAAUCAUUGCCUGCUUGGGUCGUAGAGAUCUAAAGGCAGUUGUUUAUUGUUAUGGGGGUGGAGCUUGUAAUAUUGAACUAAAUACUGCCACUACUGCUGGAGAGGUUGUUAAGAAGUUAAGUCUCGGCCUACAGAUUGGUUCAGGUAACAAUAGGUUUGCCCUCUUUGAAGAAUAUGCUGGAAACUUUCGUGUCAUUGACGACAGAGUGGUCCUAGCAGAUGUCCUGGCUAAAUUUGAAAUUGAGAUGAAGGAAAUAAUGAAAAAAGGACAGAACAUGCUCGACAAGAAGAGGCUCUUCUUUAAAAUUUUCUGCUACAUUCAUCCCGAGAGGAUCAUGUAUGACAGCAUUGAAGCAACCUUCAUGUUUGAACAGCUUGCUGAUGACAUUGCUAUGAACAGGCUUCCACUGUCUCAUGAGGUGAUGCUAAAAUUGGGAGCUCUUCGUAUGCAAGUACUGGACGGAGACCAUGAGACUGGGUCCUUCCUGAAAGACAUUGAUGAAGUGUAUCCAUUACCAGUCAUUACUGCUCGUGCCAGGAGUCAUCAAGAUCAACUUGUGUCGGGCGAUCUCCACGAGACGUACUAUCAGAAAACCCUAAAAGCAAAGAACAUUGGUACGCUAAGUAAAAAGUUCAAAUUACCAGAGAUUGGAGAUAAGGAGAGAGCAGAGGCUGCAGUUCAAGUUGAGAUGCAGAAGAUAAGGGUGGACACCACGGAGUACUGGAAGAGACUGAGGGGAGUGUCAACAUCAAUGGCACAACAGAAAUACCUUGAAAUGAUCAUGGAAGCACCUGCUUUCGGUUUCAGCUUCUUUGAAGUUGAGUACAACACUCCUGAUCAAAGGUUCCCAAAGAACCUUCUCUUUGGCGUUGGUGCCAGAGGUGUCUCGUUUUAUCGAAAUGGAGAAAGUAGCCCCAUGAAGUUUUAUCCUUACGAAAUUAUAACGAGUUUUGGUGCUCCGGUACAGAACGUGUAUCUGUUGGUAGUUGAGGCUCAGAACCCUAUUUCAAUAGAAACUAAUGAGGUUGUUGAGAUAGCAAAGCUAAUGAAGGCCUACAUCUCAUCAAUUUCUGUUUAGUGUGUAUCAAUAAUGUAAUAGUAAAUAAUAAUGUCAGACUUUGUUUCUUCUCUUCUCCUCAUUCUCUCAAUCGGUUUUAGUCAGGUCUCCUUAGUAGUUUUCAUAAUAAUAAUGAUCAUUAACUUAUUUAUUAGUUCAACUGUCACUUCUUUUAAAUGAAUUACAUAAUGAGUUGA